AUGCCCGACUUUGAUCCGAUUUUCGAAGUUGAAAUUGUCCAGUCAUGGGUUGAAGCUGAUGAAGAUGGGACCCACCCAUUUGCCUGUCCCUUGUACAAAUUCAAUCCCCACACGUAUGAUAAGUGCAAGAAGCACGAAUUCAAGAGAAUCUCGGAUGUGAAACAGCAUCUCAUCCGUCGCCAUGCGCUGCCCUGCCACUCAUGCUCAAUUUGCUGGAGCCCGUUCAAAGACGAGACAUCCAGGACUCAUCAUCUGCGCCAUGCCAAUUGCCAACCACGGCCACCGCCAGAGGAACUCUCACCUGAAGAGGUAAAGAACCUGAAGUCGCUCCGGGGCUCCGACCCCCGUAGCCACUGGCUGGCCAUUUGGAACCAGCUCUUUCCAGGGGCGCAGCCACCUUCAUCACCUUAUGUCAAGCCUAACCAAAUCGAAGAGGUCAAAGAUCUCAUCUAUCCCGGCGUUUUGGUUGCGUUCCGGACCAACCUCCCAACAAUAAUGUCAAAUGACACAGACUUCGGGCCUAUUGUCAAAUCCAUCCUAGACAGUGCCAGUGAAUUUUACUUCCACCACUUGCCAAGGUCCCGACAUUCAACCCCGCCACCACCUUCACAAUCCGUGCCCCGGAACGACGUCCAGAAAGACGUCAUCCAAACGGCGACCAUUGAACAACCACGGCAGCGAUAUGGCCUAGGCAAUCGCGACAUCGGCCUAGGGUUUGACUUAGCUAGAGACGAACCCCCUAAGGAUGCCGAUAUUAGCAUGACCCUUGAUUUGGAUGACUUUGGCUCCUAUGAGGAGUGGAUGUGA